AUGUGUACACUUCGUGAAUUUAUUUCGGACGAUGAUUUGGAUGAAGCACUUCGGAUGAUAAUGAAUUGUUCACCUCAUAUGAUACCAAUUUACAAUACUGUGCGAAUUCAUCGAAUUAAAAGUAUCCAGCAGCAAAAUUUCGCAUUUUCGGUUAUCCAUUCACGGAAUCUAAAUUAUGGUUCUUACUGGGCGAUGAUCCUUUCAGAGUGUUAG